CUCAGAAGUGCACUCGUAUUUGAUAGAAAGACAUAUUUCAAAAACAAUAAAUCAAUAAAGACCCGCAAACUACGAGACCUCUACAUGCUUGUUCUGGAGAGGAUCCCUGUGCUGCACCUGAGCAACAAUUAAUCCUCCAAAAAAGAAGGCAAAAAAAAAACGUACCCACAAAUCCCACAGUUGCCUGCUGGUCCCUGCAGGUGUGGGCGUGCCUCCCCCCCUCCUGUCACACUGGCAGAGAAGGCAGGGCAGGAGGUGUUGCCAGGUGGAGGACCGAGGCCGCACCCGCCUGCCUUUUUCUUCUCCAGCUCCCUCCGGUCUCGAUCCGAGCCACUUGGCCUGCACAGGCGAUUGGGAUCCAAAGGAUUUGACCCGAGAGCUCCCGGCGGCGUCCGGAUUCGGCCAUCGCGGAGCAGCACCGACGCGGGCUCUGCCAGGUGCCGGUGGCUGGUGGAGGAGCAGAGCAUGUUGAGUGGUUGCGGUUGCCAUGGAGCUGCAGGAUAAGAAGCGGGAGGAGGAAGCUGUGGCUCUGGGCCUGUCCACUGGCCAGGCGCUGGCCAAGCUGCGGGACCAGCUCAGCAGCCUGCUGGAGCAGCACCAGAGGCCCGAGCGCAGGCGAGCCUCCGCACAGGAACGGUGGGUGAACAGCUUCCUUAACCAUGGCAACCGUCACUCCUGUCUCCAUUGGCCGGGAGCCGCCCUCACUCUCCUGGUGGUGCUGGGACUGCUCUGUUGCCACGGCAGCCAGCCGAGGGGCAGCUCUGGCAUCGAGCUCAUGAACGCCGCCGCCCUCCUCCUCCUCUUCCUGCUCAACCUGCUGCUGGUCGGACGUCAGGAGCGGCUGAAGAGCAGCGAGAUGUUCCGGAGGCUCAACGCCAUCAUCGCACAGCUCAGCAACUACCUGUCGGGGUGCGUGGGGGAGGUGCGGUGGUCCCCGUCUUUGUACCCGGACCUGUACACGCCUUCGUCCACGUCGUGGUCGCUCCACUGGACCUACCGGGACUCCCAGUUGGUUAACCUGCCCAUCAGUCUGCUGGUGGAAGGAGACAUCAUCGCUCUGAGGCCCGGCCAGGAGUCGUUUGCUUCCCUCAGGGGCAUUAAGGAUGACGAGCACAUCGUGUUGGAGCCGGGUGAUUUGUUCCCCCCGUUUUCCCCCCCUCCUUCCCCACGGGCCAAUGAAAAGAGAGGACCGCAGAGCCCCCAGCAGCACCGUCUCUUCAGAGUGGUCCGGACUCCAGUGCUGGACAUCGUCAGGAACAGUUUGGAGUUGGCGUUGGCUCGACCAAUCACAGUGCUGGACAACGAGCGGUUCACUGUGCAGCUGGUUAUCACCAAGUUAGUCUGUCCAGUCGUCCUGGCGGCGUUCCUGGUGGUGAACACCGUUCGCUACUUUUGUGACGCACCCAGCCUCACCCCGCCCUGCUACAACUUCUUUCAGCUUCAGCUGAUGGGUGUCCUGCCCAUCUUGCCCUUGCUCUUCCCCGUCAUGUGGGUGCUGUUGAACGCCUUCGGAGAAGCCAGGGUACUCGCCGAGUUCAGCCGCGCAUCGCCAGCUGGUCUGCUUGCUAAGUUCUCUGAGGAUACUCUCAGCAGCUACACCGAGGUGGUUUCCUCCCAGGAGCUGCUGCGCUGUGUGUGGAGACACCUGGUUGGCGUCCUGAAGGGAGAGUCUCAGACUCUCUGUUACACCUCCAGCCUUCUACACACUCUGGGAUCCGUCACUGUGUUGUGUUGCGUGGACAAGCAGGGCCUCCUGUCGUGGCCUAACCCGAGUCCGGAGACCGUGCUGUUCUUCAGUGGCCGAGUGGAGCCGCCCCACAACAGCCAGGACGACCUCGGAGACGACCUGUCCGUCAGCUCCUACUGCCGGAUGGAGGCCGACGAGGACCGGGAUGAGGCUCCGGAGGCGGAGGCUCUGCUCUGUCUGCCAGCUGAGCCCUCCGCCCCGCCGGGGGAGGGGCCCGAGCCCAGCGAGACGUCGCACGACAUGGCCCGCUCCACCGACACCACCCGGCUGCGGCGCGCCGCCUGCCAGCCCGCGCACGCUCGCAUCAAACACCACUCUGGGUCCAACGUGAGCUUCAGCCACGACACCGAGGGAGGCGAGGACGCCCAGGACUUCGGGAUGGGCUGCCCGGACGCGGAGGCGGACGACUUUGUGUGUGACUACCACCUGGAGAUGCUGAGCCUGUCGCAGGACCAGCAGAACCCGGCCAGCAUCCAGUUCGACGACCUCUCCUGGCAGUGCCACCUGCCGUCCCUCAAGCCGCUGGGCCUCAACAUCAUGCUGAACCUCUGCAACGCCAGCGUCACGCAGCAGCUCUGCCGCUUCUCCGACCACCUGUCCAACCUGGCGCUGCAGGAGAGCCACGGCACGGUGCUGCCCGUCUGCGUGCCCUGGGGGCUCUGCGAGCUCUCCAGGCUCAUAGGGUUCACUCCCGGUGCGAGGGAGCUGUUUCAACAGGAGAACCACCUGGCGUUGUACCAGCUGCCAUCGGGAGAGAAGACCAAGGAGAUAACCUCCCACCACCUUCAUUACUUCCCCAAGCGGCAGCCUACCAUCUCCCAUCUGAUCUCCCUGUUUGUGCAAGACUCUUCCUCCAAUAACGUCCAGAUGCUGUCGCAUGGCUCGGCCGACCUCAUCCUGGAAGCCUGCACCGACUUCUGGGAUGGAACCGACAUCUAUCCCCUCUCGGGCUCCGACAGAAAGAAGGUUCUGGACUUCUACCAGCGCGCCUGUCUGUCCGGCUACUGCUCGGCGUUUGCCUACAAACCCAUGCAGGUCUCCUUGUCGGGCCAACUGAAUGGGAAAUGCGUCGAGCUGGCCCCCGGGCCCUGCCUCUUCUCCGGGGUGGAGCUGCCCUCCACCACCCCCAUCAAACACACCUCCUGCAGGAACAGCUGGAGCUCCGACGAGGGUAUCGGUGAGGGCGUGGAGCGCGACGACUGCGUCCAGGCCCUCAGCGGGCAGAUCUUCAUGGGCAUGGUGUCCUCCCAGUUCCAGGCGAGGCUGGACACGGUCCGACUCAUCGACGCCCUGGUCACCGCCUGCAUCCGCUUUGUUUACUUCUCCAUGGAGGACGAGCUCCGCAGCAAGGUCUUUGCAGAGAAGAUGGGUCUAGAGACCGGCUGGAACUGUCACAUCUCUUUGACCCCCAACGGAGAGAGUCCCUGUGACGGGGGUCCGUCCAGCCCGGGUCAGGGCUCCCUACGCGAAGACCUGAACCAAGAUUCCCGGGACGAAGCGGAGGGUCCGCUGCUGCUGGAGGAGGAAGGCCACUCUGACCUGGCCAGCUUCCAGCCCACAGACAGCGACGUGCCCAGCUUCCUGGAGGACUGCAACAGGGCCAAGCUGCCUCGCGGCAUCCAGCAGGUCCGUCCUCACCUGAAGAACAUCGACAAUGUGCCUCUCCUGGUGCCGCUCUUCACUGACUGCACCCCCGACACCAUGUGGGAGAUGAUAAAGAUCAUGCAGGAGAACAGGGAGGUCACAUGCUGCUUGGGAAGUUCCGCCAAUUUCCGUAACAGCCGCCUGUUCCUCCAGAGCGACCUCAGCAUCGCUCUGGACCCUCUGUACCCAUCUCAGUGUUCGUGGGAGACGUUCGGCUACAGCACCGGGGGAGGGUUCACCGGCAGAGACGCCGAAGGUCUGUCUCCUCUGAGGCUCUCGGGACAGCUCAACAGCCUGGGCUGCUCCGUCACCUUCCACCAAGGAGAGAGCGUCAGCAUGGUCAAGCUCAUCGAGCAGGCGCGGCACACGACCUACGGCAUCCGCAAGUGCUUCCUGUUCCUGCUGCAGUGUCAGCUCAGCCUCGUCGUCAUCCAGUUCCUGGCCUGUCUGGCUCAGCUUCCCCCCCCCAUGAACACCACGGACAUCCUCUGGCUGUCCUGCUUCAGCUGCCCACUGCUAAGCGUGUCGUUUUUGGGGAAGCCGCCCGACAAUUUAGCCAUGACGGUCGCCACGGGGAAGAACCUAGACGCCAUCCCGAGGAAGACACAGAACUACUUCCUGGGCUGCUUCCUGUUGAAGUUUGGCUUGACGGUGUGCGCCUACCUGCUGGCCUUCGGCUUCACUCUGCAGGAGGUCUGCUGCAACCGGAGCAGCAACUCCAGCCAGGCGGACAACACCACCCACGUGUACAUACUCGCAGCCAGCUCUGUCGGCGACGCUCCUGACUGGUUCGGCGAGCUGUCCAACGGCCUGCUGCUGACUCAGAAGGUCAUGGCGGGGUUCCUCGUCUUGCACACGGUGGUGAUCUCCCUCAGUUACGUCCAUCGCUCUCAACCGCUGUGGAGAAAGAAUCCCUUCAGCAACACCUGGUGGUGUCUCACUGUGCCUGUGGUUCUGCUAAGCCAGCUUGUUCAGGCCACGGUGGAUUACCAGCUAUGGCGUGACCGGGGCAGCCGCCUGACCUUUGACCUCGGCAACAUACCCCUAAUGGCAUGGCUGCUGGUCUCCCUGUCCCCUCUGCUGGUGGUGAUGGUCAACGAGGUGGUGAAGCUCCACGAGAUACGGGUGCGAGUUCGAUACCAGAAGAGACAAAAGCUUCAGUUUGAAACCAAACUGGGGAUGAAUUCUCCCUUCUGACGCGUCCCCUGUGAGGUAGUCGUGGAAAGACCGGGGAACCGUGAAGACUGCAGAACCCGCACAUUAACACUUCAGCACCAACAGCACUGCAACCAUCAGGUGGAGCCGAUAUGAGAUGUGGGGGCGGUAUGACGCAACAAGUCUGGAAAUCCCAAAGCAUUCGAUUCCAUUUAACAGAAAAGAGCCAAAAAUAGGCAACUAUUUAUUGUCUGGUUUUAGUUAGUUUUAACAGCAUGAAGAGGUUUAUGCUUUCUUACUAUCACUUCUGUUCUCCAUGGCUGAGAGACUUUGUGUUCAGUCUGGCCCCAAAGAAAAGGAUGUUUUAGAGACGUUCAUCUUUAUCGUCGCCCAAAGAGGCGACGUGUCGUAAAGAGGCCGGUCCAAUCGUUAUUCACGAGAAAACCACAGAGUAACCAUGAAGUGUUCAAUAUUAAAUAAACAAAUGUUAAAAUAUGAAAUUUAUAAGUAAAUUGGGUAAGAAUAUGUACAAAUAUAUAUCGUUAAUUACUACUAAAUCCGUUUUGGCAUUUUGGGGCUUAUGGCGUUAAUUUAUUGUACGAAACAAACCAUUUACUUUUUUUCCACGUAUGAUGGCAGUGGUGUCAGCUUUUCAGCAAGUUGCAUGCCUUCUGCCUCUUAAGAUGGCAAACUCAACCACAGCAACCACAUUUAGCCCGGUAAAUCCUGCUAGCUAAAACAACAAUGUCAAAAUACUUCGGGAAAAAACCCGAUCGGCGUGCUCUCUGCAGUAGCUGGACAGCUAAUGUCAAUUAGCGUCAGCUAACAGUCACCUAGCGUCAGCUAACGUCAGCUAGCAUCAGCUAACUGUCAGCUAGCGAUAACUGUGAUCUAGCGUCAGCUAACUGUCAGAAAACGUCAGCUAACGGUCAGCUAAUGUCAGCUAGCAUCAGCUAACUGUCAGUAAACUUCAGCUAACUGUCAGCUAGCGUCAGCUAACUGUCAGCUAGCGAUAACUGUGAUCUAGCGUCAGCUAACAGUCAGAAAACGUCAGCUAACGGUCAGCUAAUAUCAGCUCGCGUCAGCUAAUGGUCAGCUAGCGUCGGCUAACGUCAGCUAGCAUCAGCUAGUUAGCUUUAAUUCAUAGUUGCUUCUGCCACAGUUUUAACCUGAAGGUGUUCCUCCAGAACGGACAACUAGCAAACAAUGCUAACUCCACGUUGAUGCUGGCUAAUGAACUGAGCUCACAGGCGACGAGCCGGCUACACGAGGGAGUCCUGUAAGGCUCAUUAUUUGAAGCUAAAGAGGUUCAGUGUCUGUUUAUUUACAGCAGCAGCCUCAAGUUAGUUUAUUAUGCUGCUGUACCUUUGACAUUGUUGCUGUUCUCACUAACAUAUGAUAACAGGAUCUCGUUGGGGGGUCAGGUGAAGGUGAGAGGUCAGUGUCGACACCACUGUUCUGGAAAGUGACCAGAAACUUCCUAUCAAAUAUGAAAGGGGGGGAAAUGCCCGAUAGAGUAACGGGAGACUUUUUAAUACAGACGUUUCUAUAAUGAAACGCAAAUGAUUUACAAUGAAAUUCUGUUCAUUUUUUAAUUUUGUAUUAUUAGUAGUCGUAAUUUGGGUAUCUAUAUAUUCUAAAUAAUUUCUUCCAUUUUGAUUAUUUCAUACCGUCUUUAUUUAUUUAUUUAAUAUUGCACACUUUGGGACUCCGCGUGUAACGGGGUGUUGACCGAAUAGGUUCUAACGCUACCUCUGAAAUAUGACGACGAGUCUUUCCUGAGCUGAUUUUCCAUCAUUCAGCCUUUGAGCCAACAUUGUAAUCUCCUCCGCGGUCGACAAUGUUCCGGAUUAUUUGAUUGUUGGUGUUUUCCUAAAUUCCCGUGCUAAGCCGAGCCGGUCGCAACACGACGAGGACCGAAGAGCUCGGGGUUAUUUGGAUCAGCCGCGUUUUCUGCACACAUAUUUACUGUAUACACAUCUAUAGAGCUGGAGAAUGUGCCGGCGUGCUGCCGUGGACGCACGCCGCUGGCUGUGCACUGGCCUCGGCAGGCCCUUCUCACAAAGCGAUGGCUUUGCUGGAUGCAUAACGAUGUUUAUUUUGAUCGUGCUGACGUUCCAGAGCUUUUUGAAAGGUGCUUCUUCUCAUUCAGUUGCCUUUCUGUCUGGCUGGUUCAGCUCAGAGCUCGUGGACAGACAUUACAAAAUAAAUAUAUAUUCAAGUAUAUUUCUCCUUUUUCAAUAUUUGAUCUGCUGACCGUAAUACUCCUCCUGAUGCUCCUCGAGCGUCCCCACUAAUCUACGGUGUGGUACGUCUGUGUCACUGACGGUCUGUUUCUAUCGGACCAGCCUUCUUUGUGGUGCUGUCAUAAUUUCGGAUGGAUGCGGCUUUUGAUAUUGCUUCUGUACACAAGGUGGUGUGACUUGGUAAUAAAUUACGUAAGAACUAAACACCAUGCUUUUAUGCCCCUUAUAACGGCUGUCUUUAUACAAAUAUUAAGCAAUGGAAGUUAUUCUUGUCAGUGCUGGAGGUACCGGGGCUAAACAUGAGCCGAACGAUAUUUAUACUAAUAUUGUGAUAUCAAAAUAUAUAUAUACUGUAAUGUAGGAUUUUCUUUUUUUUCCUCUUCCAAAUUUUGAUUUUUCCAGGAAUCACAUAUUAAAUUUCUUAUUCCCUUUUUAAAAUCUUUUGGUCUGACAGAAAUUAUUAGCCCUUUGCUAAGCCCCGCCCUCCAAACGCAGACCGGCCAAUGGUAGUGUAGCGUUGGCCGGCUCCGACCAGGAAAGUAAUUUCAGAUUUGCUCUCAUGGAUUUGGAGUCGGGGUUAGACGUCGUAGAAUAGUGAUGGAAGACGAAGAAGAUGGCAAACUGAUUGUGAACACGGGCUGCUUUAGCUUUUUAAUGAUUGUGAAUAAAGUCCUGAGCGGCUCUACGGGAACUGUUGCUCCUUUAAUGUCUUUGUCCUCCGCCUCGAUCUCUUUACACUGCAUUGUGGGCUUUAGCUUUACAACCUGUUUGACCUCCUUCUCAACACAUCGUAGACCCGUCGGUCUGCUUCUCAUCGCGUUCUUGUUCUCCCAAAUAUUAGAUGACAGAUAUUCCAGGAGGACCGUUAGUGACGGGCUUAGUGAAAGAAGUGUCCAUUGUGAUGAGGGUUUUAUCAAUAUCGUUUACCCCUAUUCUGAAUAACUGAACAGACACUUACAGAUUAGAUCUGAAGGAGCGUCCAACGCGAUCGGGACUCGUGAGCUCGUUAUCUUUAGCAUCUUAAACCUCUGCUAGCUUCGUUUGGUUGUUUUUUUAAAUGUGUGCCUAUUUUAGUGAAUACAUCACUACCAAUGCUCAUUUGAGAUCCACAUUUAAAGUGUGUGUGUGUGUGUGUGUGAGUGUGUGAGUGAGAGUGUGUGAAGAGGUACAAGUAAACAGUUCCAUCUCCCUCGAACUGGACGGCGAAGGUGGUUUUUAAAGACGAUCGUCACAAUGCAAGAAAACUUUAUUUUUUUUAUUUUUUUAUCGGCCCCGUUUCAUACUCGUGUUUUACGCCAUGACACACACACACCACACACACACACUCUUGUGGACUAUGCUGCAUGAAUAGGAUCCAGUGAAUGCUCUGUUGUCUCUAGUUCUACUGUUUUAGUUCACGACACAAGUGGACUCCGUUAAGCAUGGACAUCAGCCUGCAGAGCGGAUGACAUCAUCACGCACAUGCUGGGAGCGGAAGCUGCUGUCGCUUGAUUUGUAGGGGGGGAUGGGGGGGGGGUGGAAGAUGAUAUAGUUGUACACAAGAUACAUAAAUGUAUAUUUUGUAUUUUUUAAAGUGUCGAUGUUGAGGACUUUUGACAAAUGUGUUUGUGAAUUGAUUAUGUCAUGUUAAUAAAUACACUUUUAUUUAUGAGAUUGUUUUUGUGUGUGUUAUAUUGUCUCACACAACCAUUGAGCACAGUGAGUAACGAGAGGAUGAGCGUAGUGUAAGAACUACAUUUGUCAAGUACAAAGAAGUUCAGGUUUUAAUUGAAAUUGGGAUUUUUGUGUUUGAUCUUUAAUCUAUUUUAUGCUUAUUGAAUUUUUUUAUUUCAUUCAUUCUUUUUUUUAAAGAGAGCUCCGUCACACAGUUCAGUUCACUUGUCACGAGGGAUGCUACUCAGCCUGUGAUGUCAUCAGGGGGUGUCCAGUAGGAGUCAAUUGAAUUAAAGCUGGACCGAUACUUGAGACUAGAAAUCAGAAUAUCUCUGCCGCACACUUUUAUUUUACCAUUUUAGAAGUAAGAUAAAUAAAGAGCAUACAACUAAAUGAGUGCAGUGCCAACGAUUUGCCCCCUGCACUCAACUCUCACGUAGUAUUCAAAUUGACGAGUGUCCGCGUAUUGGAGCCCACGCAUUCAACAAACUAUAAAGGUAAAAUGAUAAUGCGUAUUCUUACAUGUUUUGAGUAUUAACAUGGCUGUGUUAUAAAGUAACUGAGUUGGAAAUAUGUAGAAUGCCGUACAAUUGUUCAAGAAGUUGUGUUUAUUCGUAAAGAGUUGUUUGUAUUGAUUGACUCAGUUCUGCAAGUGUGAUCUUUAAAAUGUAUUUAUAAAUUGUAUGUUGAAUCUU